AUGCCUCAGAAUGAGUACAUGGAAAGGUGGCGUAAGCUGCACGGCCGGCGCCUGGACCACGAAGAACGAAGGCGAAAGAGAGCCGCCCGUGAGGGCCACAAGGCUUCCCAGGAUGCGCAGAACCUGCGUGGUCUGCGGGCCAAGCUGCAUCAGCAGAAGCGUCACAAGGAGAAGAUUCAGAUGAAGAAGGCGAUCAAGGCACAUGAGGAGAGAAACGUCAAGACUGCCGACGAAAAGGAGCCCGCAACCCCCAUGCCCUCGUACCUUCUUGACAGGACGAACCCGUCGACGGCCAAGGCCCUCAGCAGCGCCAUCAAGAACAAGCGAGCGGAAAAGGCAGCCAAGUUUAGCGUUCCCCUGCCCAAGGUCCGCGGCAUCAGCGAGGAGGAAAUGUUCAAGGUGGUCAAGACCGGCAAGAAGAUCCAGAAGAAGGGCUGGAAGCGCAUGGUCACGAAGCCUACGUUUGUCGGACAGGACUUUACGCGAAGAAACCCCAAAUACGAGCGAUUUAUACGUCCCCUGGGGCUUCGUUACAAAAAAGCCAACGUCACGCACCCCGAGCUGGGUGUCACGGUGCAGCUGCCCAUCAUCAGCGUCAAGAAGAACCCGCAAAACCCUCUGUAUACGCAGCUGGGCGUUUUGACAAAGGGAACCGUCAUCGAGGUCAACGUGAGCGAAUUGGGCUUGGUGACGGCUGGCGGAAAGGUUGUGUGGGGUCGAUACGCGCAGGUGACGAACAACCCCGAGAACGAGGGCUGCAUCAACAGCGUGUUGCUCGUCUAA